CUAAACAACUACUUGCUGACUCGGCUUUGAGGCGUCUGGCUUUAUGGCACGGGAGGCAAAAAUAACAUUCGUUCGGUUCGUGUUUCUCUCCGCAUUGCAUACGUCUGCGUCACAACGUUUGCGCCUCGUCGUAAGUAGCUGACGGCCAGUGAUUCUCGCGUAAAUUGUCUAAAAUUAGUCGUUCGUUGGCGCACUGCGCGACUAAAUCGUUACUAAUCGAAGUGGAAGUAUCGGUCUAUUCAACCGACUAAGUGAUUGAUCUGCUGCUGGGGAAGAUUAGUGAAUAAAAUAGUUGUUUUGGUCGUAGCCGCAGUGACCUUGUGCUUCAGUUGACAGGCGUUUGUUGAUUGUUUUGCCGUCCAGGGUGUUGUGAUUGCGAACUUCUCCCAACGAACCAUUCAAGAUGGCACCGCCUAUCGCAGCGACCACCGCUGUGGCGUGUAUUCCCGGUAACGCAUCGGCACUGGUGGAAGUGAUCGGUUCCAGCAGCACGGUUUCUCCGGCCGUAGUCGGUGGGGGACCAUCCCUGCAAAGCAAGAACUGCCAUUUCAACGCUGACACGAUCAAGCUAAUCGACUGCGUUCAAGCCCGGCCGGCUUUGUGGCACCGUAAACACCUCCGGCAGCGCGUGCAGGUCGCGCAUCGCGGCUGGGAGGAGAUUCGUAAAGCGUUCAAGGCUAAUGACGUUUCUUCCUUGAAAGUUCGGUGGAAAACUCUCCGUGACAGCUUCCGUCGUGAAGUGAAACGCAUGGAAGAUGGAGAAAUCGCCACUUCAUCUUGGCCUCUAUAUGAGCGCAUGUCGUUUCUACUCGGACACUUUCGCACAAGGGAAAGCUUCCUGAAAAGUGGCGCCACCUCGCCGAAUCAGUCCAAAUCGGAUGAGCACUGGAACUAUGCUUCCGAUACCAAACAUGAUUCACAGACCGAAACGGAUGAACCUAUGACCCACAACGCUGGCUCUUCCGCUGUGGAAAGCGAACCGGAAGUGAUGCAGUCCUACACGGUUGUCUACACCGACCCGAAACCACCUACGUACGAAAUCAUUCCACAACCGCUGAGUUCAAACGUUGAAACAGCGGCCGCCGUCAUGGAGAGCGAUGCGGACGACCACACUAUGAUCGAAACCUACGAAACGGUUCAAACCGAAGAGUUUGUCCACGAGAACGACAAAAUGGAUGCAGGUUCCAGCCAGGACGUGAUCGAAGUGUCGGAGCACAUGUACGGUGAGGUGACUUUUAAGAACAAACUUAGAGCCCGUAUCAAGACGGAACCGGUCGACGCCGAUCAGCAGCGCAGGGUGCAUGAGAGAAGCUACGGCGAACCGCUGGAGAUGGACUCGGACUAUAACUUCCUGAUGAGUUUGCAUCCGUUCAUGAAGAAACUACCGAACCGAAAGAACCUCUCGGUGCGGAUAAAAAUCCAACAACUGAUUGCCGAGGCGAUGGAUGAGAGCUAAAAAUAACUCAGAAUGAAUUGAAUUGUGGUAUUUUAAAUUGAAAAAAUAUUUGUUCUAUUGUAUGUUGCAUUGAAUCCUUGUACAAAUGUUGAUUAAAGGCUGAAUUCGGAAUAAAU